UUUAAAAUUCGAGCCACAAAAAUAUUGUUAAAUAUUUUAAUUCGUGCAUAUGGAGAUACCAGUAACGAUGAAAAAUCCAUUUCAUAAAGCAAUGAAGCAAACUUCGUGAUAAAACUAUUGUUUGUUUGAGUUGAAGAAGACUGGCUUUGAACAUGAUACAAGCCGAUGGUAGUGGUGAUGGUAAUACCUCUUCUAGCCUGCCAGCAUGGGUGUUUAUUGUUUCUGGUAUUGGGUUUUUAUUAGUACUGCUGUUUAUUAUUUGGCUGAUAUGCAAGUGCAGACAAAGAUCCAGAUAUGAUUAUACAGCUUUAGAAGAAGAACAAAGUCUGAUUCAGAAAUGGGAUGAGGAAAGACGAAUACAGAAGAGUGCUGAGAGAGAUACCAUCUUGCUGAGCUGCUAUUAUUACCUUAGGGAAUCAAGACAGUACAGCAUUGUAAACCAUCUUCCUGAUAUAGGAAGCAGAAUCAAUAAACAUUGGUUUGUGGUUCAAGAUUCAGUGUCACGUUCACAAAAUCUACUCUCCAUGACCCCCUGGAGUCAACAUUGUAUAUUACCUUGCAACAAGAUGACUAAGAAAACUUUGUCAGAGUUGUUUUCUUUGUUAAAGCAUCCAUACAUCUUUCCUGUUCUCAAUGUGGAUAUAAUGCUUGAUCAUAAGCUUGUUGUCAUAAUCCAACCAUAUAACCAGGCUGGCUCAUUAAAAGACCUUAUAUACUGUUCACAUCCAAACUCAGCUUGGCUUGACAAGUAUGAAAUAAAAGGCAAACAUUUGACCAAUUCCAAAAUAAAGAACUAUGGCAGACAAAUACUAGAGGGUUUGAUUUAUCUUCAAGACAAAGGCUUACCACAGUGUACACAUGUACAUACUGGGAAUGUACUGUUAGUUAAUGGUGUCUGCAAGGUAUCUGGCUAUGAGGGCACUCUGCUUGGCCACAAAGCAAGACUGGACACAUUAAUCAAGAAUCUUGUUAAAAAAAACUUGGAUGCCACUGAGACGAUAGCAUUUGGGCAUCUAUUGUUUGAGAUGUCUGCUGGACGUGAACUAAAGACUGCUGAACCAGAUGCAGAACAACUUGCAUUUUGUCCUUCAGAACAAGCUGUAGAGGUUCUUAGAUUCAUCUUCACGAAUGAGAGUGGAUCUUUUCCUUAUUUAGAAGAGAUCGCUUAUCAUACGUUCUUCAGAGAUGCUGACGUCUCUCAUCUUAACAAGAUUAAAAAUGAUCAGAACAAAUUUAGUUCAUCCAUCAAAUCAAUGCUAAAACUGUAUCGCAAAGAAGGCGAAACAUCCAGGCGCCAUCGCCGAAAAAGCGUAAGAAAGAAAUCCAGGGCCGAGAGCGUUAACGAACCAAAGAGAGAACGAACACGGACUAAAUCAAAAUCUAAGAAACACUCAGUUGAUAUCCCCGUUCCUCCUGUGGCCUUCAAAUCGAACACUGCUUUUUCAGGCCCACCCCCUACGCCUGUUUUUGCUCCUCCUCCCCCACCACCCCUCUCGAAUAGUGCUGUAUCCUCCAGGGCGCCUCCUCUAACGACAAACAGAGCAUCCUUGCUGUCGGACAUUCGAAAAGGAGCUCGACUUAAUAAGACAACAAAUAUCAGUGACAGAAGUAAACCUAGAAUAUGACCUACUAGUCUGCUAGUAAGUCUAGAAUGAUAGUAAGUCUAGGAUGAUAGACACUACGGACAGCAAAGAUCAGUGAGAGAAGUACACUCAGAGUAUGACCUGCUAGUCUGUUAGUAAGUCUAGGAUGAUAGACACUACGGACAACAAAGAUCAGUGAGAGAAGUACACUCAGAAUAUGACCUGCUAGUCUGUUAGUAAGUCUAGGAUGAUAGACACUAUGGACAACAAAGAUCAGUAAAAGAGGUACACUCAGAAUAUGGCCUGCUUGUCUGUUAGUAAGUCUAGGAUGAUAGACACCACGGACAACAAAGAUCAGUGAGAGAAGUACACCCAGAAUAUGACCUGCUAGUCUGUUAGUAAGUCUAAAGCAACAAAUAAGGUUUGGCUACUCAGAUAAUUCAAUAGAGACGUAGUCAAGAGCUGGACCCACUUUUCACAAUUGUGUUUAUUGUUUUGCACGCGCAAUGAUCCUCUGAGCUUUGAUUCUAAAAAAAAGUGAUUGUAAAAAGUGGGUCCAGAGAAGAAUGUCUGCGCACGCGCAAAGACAUCCAAUUAGAAAUGCACACACGUAAGCACUUACAACGCCACCCACCCCUCUCUUCAUCUCUGUCUUUUGUCAUUUGUCCUCCCUUCUCAACUUUUUGAGAUGUGGCAAUUUACUCAAGAGUCUUUUUUAUCGCUUCGAAAUGACUCUUCUUUCGUAUUCAUAAUAAAGUUUGGUACGAAAAUGGAGGGAGAUGACGAAAAUUCACAUAAUUUGAUAUGCUCUUUGAAGACUCACCGAGAAAAACGCGCAGUUGUAUGGUGCGGAGAAGUGACUACAAUCGGAAAGAUUUUAACAAAUUUUUUGGAGAUUGAAAUAAAAAAUUAUAUUGAACAUAAAAACUCUACUUCUGCUGUAUCUCGUGCAAGAGAAAACUGAUAACCAUCCGUGCAGCAAAGUUUAAGAAUUACGCCUUGUAUUCGAUGAAGCACACACGGAAAACCAGGGCAGAGAAAAAAGAUCUCGGGAGACAGAGGAUGUACCAUUACUAGCUACGAAGAAAAAAACAGUUUUACAGUAAAAAAAUUUAGUUCCGCUAUUAUUUCAAAGAAAAAACCCCAAAUCAUCUGUUUAUUUUUACUAGAUGUCAAUGGACGGGGAAAAAACCGCGAAAACUCUAUCGCGACUCCAAUUGCAAUAUCGGCAUCGCCGGCUUGGACUAUGCUUUCGAUUGUAAACAAAGAUAGCUCGUUUUACCUCGUACACAAUACCGGAAAAUGUAUCAGAAAUUGUCCGGAUAGCAAGCCAUGGCAGUACAGACGAGAUUAUCAAGUAUAUUUUGCCGCAUAAAGAACUGAACGCUUUAGUGAUUUCUAACCUAAUGAGAUCUGUUGAUAAGCAAUGCGAAGACCUUUGUAGUUUGCGAAAGGAGUCGAGUCUUCGACAGUAAGACAUGGUAAAUUUUGACCCAGACGUCUUCUUAAACCUGGAAGUUAAAAUUCUAGCAAAUUAAUGUCACACGGUGCAUGACUGACAUAUUUUUUAUUAUACCUGUACGUUGUUUACAGCCUUUUCCUUUAGACAAUCCACCGUAUCCUCGGCUGUUAACUUUAUGUUAUUCAUUCCGCAAGCACGAAACUUAUCUGCCUGGUCAGCCAUUAGCGAUAUUAAUGGUGAAACAAGAAUAAUGUAGCUUUUUCCAGGCGUUUUCCGCCAACAAUCACAAAUGUAAGGAAGAAGUGAGUAACGUAACGAUUUGCCGUAAGCCGUAUGCAAAUUUACAAACACGUCUUGUCCACUAAGAAAACUGCGCAGGGCUUGCAUCUGUUCUUUCUUGAGAAGGAAGUUUAAUUUACAUUUCUCUAGCGAUGCACAAGCAGCUUCGAUUAAUGAAUUAGAGUAGUCAUUGCCAAAUCUUUCGAACAUUUCUCGACGCCAGAAAGAACAGCCACCCGCCAUUUUUAUUUCGCGCGAAAAGCAUAGGUAUAGCGUAUGUCAAAUAUUGCUCAAUGCCCACAUCCCGAAAACGGGAUGUGACUGACGCAUGCGCAGACAAUUUUCCCUGGACCCACUUUUAUCGCGUCCGUUGACUCUCGAUCCAGAUCUUCUUCUCAUACUUUUACCGCGCGCGCGCAGAUAAAAGUGGGUCCAGUUCUGGACUAAUAGAGACUGGACAAUGGUUUGAUACAGGUUAAAGCGGUAUUUUUGUAAUAUGCACAAAUGAUAUUUUAAUUUUAAAAGAAAAAUGUUGUUAUGCUUUUAAAAUUAAAAUGACUAAAAAAUUA